UACAAAUCCAAGUUUAUGGAGAUACAAUUUUUCGGUCUUGGAAAAUAUGGCUUUAUUAUCAUCCUGUUGGCUUUUCAUUGAAUCGUUUAUCAUUCCGGAUGGAUUUGUGAAGUGGGUUUUUUUGAGCUUCUAUAUCCAUCCAAUUUUUCUGUUUUUUUGCCAAAUUUUUCUCUGGCUAAAGUUCCUGAACAGAUGGAUUACAGUUGUGUUUUUUAAUCCUUUCAGAAUGAUCAUCAGGUUUCUCAGAGAUUUUACACUCAUCUUUGUCUUCGGGAAUUCGAGAUCAACGAGUGGUACUAACUAUGUUGAAGUUAUGGAAGAGGCUACAGAAAUCUGUAACCAAAACCAAGUUAUGCAAGCUUAUUGCGAGGUGAAAUUAUGCAGAGUUGAGAAAAUUGAGCUUGUAGAGCAGGAGGAUGAUUUUCAGGAAUUUCCUGUUCUUGAUCAUGAAGAAGAGAGUGUGGAAGAGCCAAGCUCUUCCAGCAAUAAUUCACCUGCCAGAAGCUCAGACUUGAAUCAUCAGUAUCCACAAUCAGUAACUCAGGGAGAUGAAGAUCAGGAUUCUGCAGAUGCAUUCUAUAAGAAGUACACCGAAAGAAUGCGAUGGUUCGACAUACUGAAUUAUGACAGAACAUGUGGAAUAAGUGCAGUCCUGAACAGGCAGGUGGGAGCUCCUAGUCCUAUUGAGAGCAACAUUAAUUCUGAUCAGGAUUUCGCAAUCCCGAGCAUUUCCUGGGCCAAAAUGACUAAAAAGAGACUGUUAAAAAGCUUGGAGAGUGACUUUGAAAUGGUGUAUGUUGCUCAAUCAUGUUUGUCCUGGGAGGCCCUCCAUUAUCAAUACACAAAGGUCAAGUCUCUUGCAGACUCCACCUCUCAGAAUAAUGGUGUAUUUCCUGGAAAUCUUCAUGGAGAGUUUCAGAAAUUUCAAGUACUCUUGGAGAGGUUCCUGGAGGAUGAAAGUUGUGGAGGCAAGAGAAUAUGGAAUUAUGUCAGAGGAAGAUUUGGCCUUAAUAGCCUUCUCCAAGUUCCUCAGAUUUCUGGUUUCAUGGAAGAGAUAAGGGAAGACAGGAAGAGAGAAACAGUGAGUGUAAAUGAAGUUUUGAAGGCCAUAGAGAGAGGCAUACAAGCUUUUAGUGUAUUUGUAACGGCAGACAAUUUUAACAAGAAGCCUUGGUGGAAGCUCAGAACUUCAUUGAUAUGGACUUAUCCACCUGUAGAAGAUGCCAAAGAUUUACCGCUCCUGCGUGGUCUUAUUCAAAAACUUCGAAAGAAAGAAUUAUGCUUGAAAGAUUUACAAGCAAAACAAAGGUGUUGGUUGAAAAAAGUUGUGAACCCCUUGGAAGAAUCUCAAAGAAAAGAGACGUUAUUUACAAUGAUAGAAAUGAAGCUUAUAUCAAGAGUGAUUCAGAUGUCUACGGUGUCCAAUUCCCAACUCAAAUGGUGCCAAGAAAAACUAGACAACAUUGAAUUCAAAGCAGGAAAAGUCUCCAGGGCAUCUACAGCUCCAUCGUUAUUUCCGCCUUCUUGAAUCUCUCCUGAAAAUGAAACCCAUUUGGCACAAAGGGAAGACUUGUAAUAUAACUUUGUGUACAUUUAAUUAGUUGAAGCACAUAUUGUAUGGUUUUUAUUAGAAUGGAUGUGAUAUCAGAGUAACACUAUAAUAUUA